GUGACGCUCGCGUCGUCGGUGACGUCGUGACAUGUGCGAUAGCCUGGCCUCCUCUUCGUUACCACGCUCGUGCUCUUUAUCGCCGCUAUCGUCCUCGUCCUCGUCGUGGUCAUCGUCGACGAGAAUAAAGGAGUACAGGGUGCCGUCGGUGGUUGGCGAGCAGCGGAUAGAAGGCAAGAGGAGCGAGAGCACGUGGACGACCGCGACGAGGGCCGGCGGCGCGACAGGUUGAAAAGAUGCUGGCACUGGCGAUGCGCCGCGAACACACGACCGGGCGCAGCAAUUACGAGCCCGCGAAUCCGCUCGCGGGUUUCGACCACUUGCAGCAUAACAGCGGCAAUCCGUUCGCGGUGGUGCCCUCGUCGGAGGGCCGGCUACGCGAAACCGGCCCGGAGCCCGACGGCGAGUUGCAAGAAUUCGUAGACAUCGCUCAGGUACAGCAGCUCCUGCAGCAGCAACAGCAACAGCAACAACAACAGCAUCAACAGCAACAACAGCAACAGCAACAGCAGCAACAUCACCACCACCAUCAUCAGCAACAGGUGGCGGCCGCUGCGGCUGCGUCCUGUAUCUGGGGAGCGGUUUAUCCUCCGCCACCUCCUGCACUCGGAUACCAUCAUCACCACCAUCACCAUCACCACCCACCGCCACCACCUUCAGGCGAGGACACGCAGUGCGGUACCGAGGAGGUUGCCACCGCCAGCCAGGGAGGCGACCAACUCCAGAGGAUGACGAUGGACGGCAUGGAAGUGGUGGGCUCGCAGCCCCACGCGGCCACCAGCCCGUUUUUGCUCUCACCGCCACCCCUCGGACAUCAUCAUCAUCAUCCUCAUGCUACCUUCAAUCUUCAGACAGUGCAGCUUAGUUUCGACGCGUGUCUACCGUACAACGCGGCGACAUCCUCGAAUUCGAUCGUCUGUGGUGUUGGCGGCACGUCAACGCCAGCCGCUACCACUUGCGCCUCGUCCACGAGUUGCAACAAAACGAUUCCAACCUUGUCGCUGGCAACUUGCGCGCCCUUGCAAGCCCAGCAUCAAAACAAUACCGAUUCCUCUGAUCCCCAUGGCCGACAACAUCAUCAUCACCAUCAUCAUCCUCAUCAACGACUCGACGACCAUCAACAUCAUCGACACGUCGAUGCCUCCUCGCCGUCCAACGAUUCCACCGACGGUAAAAGGCAUCUGCAGACUGUCAACACCGAGGACAAGGACUGUCCCAGGGAGUGCAGAGACGAUCUUCAGGAGCCUAACGAGAAGGAUAAACCAGGUGACCUAAACACGCCGGUUACCACCAGCAGCGAUUUACCGUCCUUCUUCGGCCCUUCCGCGCUCGUCGAGCCACCUCCUAUUUCAGGCAGCCUGGCGGGCGAAGAUCUAUCUCUGGAAGAGGCCACGGAGGACGAUGAGGAGACGGCUACCUCGACCGGCAGGGAUCAUCGGCACCACCAUCACCAAGAGUCUCAGGAACAGGGCACGCCUGGAGCUCCACCCUCCACUAGUCCACCGCGUCAUCAUCAGGCUCAAGAGGACGCGGACCGUUGCAACGUGUUACAAGGCGGAGUCAUACUCUACUCUUCCCCUCAUUCCACGUCUUCGGUGUCUUCAGCACCAGCGUCGAGCGUUAACAUCUGCAACGUACCAACGUUGACGUACCGUGGCGUCUUCACCACCACUUGUACGCAAUCCUCGCCGCUGAACACUCUUCAGAAUCAGCAGCAGCCACCCCAACAGCAACAGCAGCAGCAACAACAACCAACCGGUCAGGAGCUCUGGGGACCUUUAACCUCCCCGACCUUGACUUUGACAAAUUCACCUUUCUUACACUCCACCCUUCACCCAGCCCCGUACGGCGGAGAGACCGUCGAACUUUUACCGGUCGAAUCGAAGCCACCCCCGCCACAGACGACGCUGAAGCAAGAACCCACGGGCGGCUACCCACCGGCCGUCCAACAGCAACAACAACAGCAGCAACCUCAACCCACUCAACAGCAGCAGCAACAAGCACCACCGUCGGCUGGUACAACGGGAGUGCAGCUAGCAGAAUACAACCCCAGCACGUCGAAGGGGCACGAGAUUCUCUCGCAAGUUUACCAGCAGAGUGCUCUGCCGCUCAGGCUGGUCCCGGUGAAGCCGCGGAAGUAUCCGAAUCGACCGAGUAAAACACCGGUGCACGAGCGACCGUACGCUUGCCCCGUGGACGGCUGCGAUCGCAGGUUCUCUCGCAGCGACGAGCUCACCCGGCACAUCCGCAUCCACACCGGCCAGAAACCGUUCCAGUGUCGCAUCUGUAUGCGCUCCUUCUCGAGGAGCGAUCACCUGACCACUCACGUGAGAACCCACACCGGCGAGAAGCCGUUCUGCUGUGAUCAAUGCGGCCGAAAAUUCGCGAGGAGCGACGAGAAGAAACGGCACGCGAAAGUUCACUUGAAACAGAGGCUGAAGCGCGAAGCCACCCACGCCACCGCUAGAAAUCACCCUCAGAGCCACGCUUCUCCGCCGUGCAAUCAGUAAGAAGAAUUUGAAUGAACUGUGUCGCAGAAUCGAUCCACAUUUUUCAUACGACGAUCGAUAUCGAUCGAUCGUCGAUACCGUCGAUCUCCACGCUCAUUCCUUUAAUCUUGUCAAUCAUGCUCGUGCACGACGCAGCUUUUUCACCUUGCCAGGCGACGAGGAAACGACGGAGACCUUUAGGCGGAACAGACUGCCGUCACCGACUGAUCCGUCAUCGAUCCGUCGUCGGCACCGUCAGCGAUCGACGAGUGGGGCUCGACUUUAACGGAUUAGCCUAGCGACCGAAUCGACAAGCAUUUUUGGCGGUAUAACGAAGCGUGAUACCGAGCCUCUCGGAUAAUAGUACGUAAGGAACAAUCGCGGAGGAUUUUCAUAAAAUCUUUGUAAAUAAUCGUGGAUAAUUUUUAAUCGGGACUAGAAUUUCAAAGCGGUAUGUAAAAUAAAUGUCCGGUGUGAUCGGUCCCGACGAUGGGCUCGUCGCGUCUUACAGAACGGAUCGAUUCGAAGCUUUUCUCCUGAUCUCGCUAAGCGAACCUUCGUCGAGGAAACACGAACAUUGCGGUAAAUAUAUAUAUACAUAUAUGUAUAUUAGACUCCGGCGGUUUUCCUGCGAGCUCUCAUCUCAGUUUAUUUCUUUCACUCCCGUCCCUUUUGCCUACGGUUAAUACGUUGCAUAAGGAAGAGAAGAAAAUUGAAAGUUUACUACGCCAAGUUGCAUUUAGAAGGAGUAGAAACGAAUACGAGUGAAAAAUCUAGCUUUACCAAGAGGUACUGUUUCCUCGACAAUUGUCGGUAUCGGAAUGCUCGUGCUUUUAGCGGUAAACGGGAAGAACGGGAGAGAAAGAAAAAGAGAAGAAGAAAGUCAGGGAGGAUGCUCGAAGCGAGCGACGCGUCGAAGAUCGUUAUUUACGACGGUUGCGUUUUAUACCCUUGUUUGCGAUCGAGAACGAGAUGCAGAUGCGAAAAUCGACGUUAACCGCGCGUAGAUACGCACGCGAAAUAUUCCGGUGUCACGAAAUAUACUGCAGCCAGGUUCUCCGACGAAUCGCGUAGAAUCGAUACCGCCCGCAGCUUCCGGGAAUCAGGGAGGAAUUUACCGAUGGAGAAGAAAAGAGAGAAAGAGACGGCGCACUCUCGAUCGCAUGCAAACGAGCGCGUGAAAAAAAAAAUUGCCAUGCGCGAGCGCGCUUCUUGAAACGAUCAGGGGAUCGCGUAUCAACUUUUCCCAGCUCUCUCAUGAUCGGAACCGGUCGAUGUUUUUCGAUCCUUUUACCCGAGUGUUCGUUCCUUCGGCCAAUAAUCGUGCAAUUUUCGAAUCGUGCCCGAUUCCACAAAUGUUUUCAGGAUAUUUUCUAAGUAUUUUUAUAAAUUACGACACUCGACGAAUGAAAAAGAAAAAAGAGAAUGAAAAUGUAGUUCGAUAUCCAUUACGAUCGGCAUCGCGAUUCUAUGAGAGGGCAUAGACCCUGACACGUUUGCAAGAUGCGACCGACACCGACGGACGAUCGGUAUUACAUACACACACACUACUUUGCGUCCUCGAACCUCGUGUCUUUCAAUCAUACAAUCGUAAUAAUCGCUUCUUACAUAUUUGUUAUCGUCCUCUACCUCUGAAACUCGUUCACUCGUUCCUACGACACCCUUCGUGCCCCGGACACGCUAAAUCUCGGACUUUUCCCGUGUCCUAGGGAACUCUCUUGCCACUCCUUGCUACCCGUUUCCCCCUUGAAAAUUCCUUUCAGCGUUAGAAGUCACUUCGUAGAGUCCCUAAGCUUCUUGGAAGUUAAAUACCAGACGCGCCACCCUUCCCCUUGUGAAUUAACCCUCUUUUAACCGCCAACAAACCCCAAACGAGUAAACUGUAAUUAAUCGCGAUCAUCGUUGUUGAACGGGAGUUUUCCUUUGUAAAUAUGUAUAUAACGUGUUAUACAUAUGUACACAUAGGUUACAUCUAAUCGAAUCGUGCCGACAAACAGAGAGAGAAACCCGUAAAAUCUUUCACUUUCCUCCUUUUAAUCUUGCCGCCCUACUUUCCCCUCCCCCUUUCCUCUCGUCCUCUUCCCGCCCCUCCCCCCUCUCCAUCGUGAUCGUUUACGUGUAUAAAAUAUGAGUUUUAGCGGCGAUUAAUAUUAUGUAUAUGUUGCUCUAUUUAUUAACAAAAAAACAAAGUCUCUCUCCCUAGUUACAUGUAUCUAUAUUAUAUAUAUAUGAUAUAUAUAAUAUAUAUAUGAACAGAGGAGAUAUAUAUAUAUAUAUAUUGUUAAAAUUAAAGGAUUAUUUUUAUUAUGAUUAUUAUAUUAUAAUUAUAUUAAAUAACAGUUAUAAUUAAUAACGAAACGCGCGGCAACGCGUACAGCUUUUAUGGAUCCCAAGCGUUCUUACGCGCUCUCUACCUACUUCAACGAUGGUUGCACCGACGCGUAUGCGAUAUUAUCCGCUAUUGUUCUAGAUAGAUCGGAAAAUAUGUAGGCAGAGGAGCGUAUAACGCGCACGCGCGUUCUCGUGAAAUAAAAAAGCAGAAAGAGAGAAAGAGAGAGAGAGAGAGAAAAAGAGAGAGAGAGAGAUUAUGCCUGUGUCUGCCUGUACGUGUGUAUGCGUGUAUAAAUGUGUACGUGUAUGAAAGAGAACGAGAAAGAAAAAACAUUUAAUGAAAGAAACGAAGAUAAUGAGAAAAGAGGAAUAGAGAGGACAAUUUUUUUACGAACGAUAAUUACACUAUAAUUGGAUAAAUUAUGUGUAACUAUUCCACAAUAUGGUGCUCCGAGUGUGCAAUGCACAGAAAAGAAUCUCUCGACUACCUGUAUAUUUGUGUUGUAAUCAUCGUUGCCGUUUAAUCUGGCCGGUUCCCCACGACGAUUAUUAACAAAAAUACAAAGUUAACAUUGAACAGCAA